CGCGCGCUCUCUCUUCCUUUCUCGCUCUCUCUCGCGCGCGCGCUCUCUUCCUUUUUCGCUCUCUCUCGCUCGCGCGCUCUCUCUUCCUUUCUCGCUCUCUCUCUCGCGCGCGCUCUCUCUUGCUUUCUCUCGCUCGGUCUCAAAAAAAUUGAUUUCCGUGAUAUUGUAUAUAAUUUGCGGGCAUCAGGGAGCCACUAUUAAUAUGCGGGAGAUUCCCGGAACUUCCAGGAGAGUAAUUAAGGAGAAACUUAGCUGUGGCGUCGUACCUUGUCUGAACCAUGGCAAAUGCACUGCAUAUCCAUUUAGUAGACUUGGAUUCCUGUGUAUUUGCCCUCCUGGAUUUUAUGGAGAUCUUUGUCAACAUCGCUCAGCAGAGCCAUUUACCGUUAUUUCACUUAUUGGAGUCAUUGCGAUACCAAUUCUCAUCCUUGCUUUGUGCUUUGCCAUCUGCUGCAUUUGCAACAGGGAAAGAUUGCACCAUCAAGCUUUCAAAAAAAACUUUAAGAUUUGUUUAAAUCCAUCACCAGCUACUUGUAAAUCAAAGUCUCCACGAUUUCCCUGUCCACGGACACGAACUCCUUGUCCACGGACUAGCACAUAUCAGGAAAGCUGUAAAAGAAGAGACAAUACAAAUCCAUUUGAACCUGAAAAUGCUGACUUUCUUCGAUGCGGCACAAGAAAUGACCCACGUCAAUACAAUCCUGAAUUGACUGCCACACCAAGCUCUGUUGCAACUUUUCAACGGACUAAUAAAGUAGAAAGAAGCGCUGGAAGCCAUGGCCCAUGCCCAGAAAUUCAACCAAGUAUUGCUCCAGAGGAAAAUCAAAGAAAAUCUUCAUCACACAGCAUAAGCCAAAGUCCAUGCCCAGCAGUGAAGCAACACUCUGCUGCCUGUCAGACUGAUCCAGAAGCCAUAGAUCAAAAAUCACACAUCGGAAGCAAAAGUCCAUGUCCAGCUGUGGAACAAAGCUCCGUUCAUUGUCAGACUGACUCUGAAGCUGUUGAUCAAGAAAUAUCCACAUCUCAUAUCAGAAGCAAAAGUCCAUGUCCAGCAGUGAAGCAACGCUCUGUUAAAAGUCAGACUGAUCCGGAAGAUGUAGAUCGAAAAUUAUCUCUAUCACACGUCAGAAGCAAAAGUCCAUGUCCAGAAAUUGGGAGGGUGGAAGCAAUGGAAGAAGGCAGAAGAAUAUCUUCACCGAGCAUCAAUCGCCAAGACCCAUAUCCAGUUGCUAAUCAAAGCUCAGUUAUGGAAAAUGAAUAUACUGAAGUUGCAGAAAAAAAGGAAAAACCUUCAAGGACCAGAAGCCGAAGUCCAUGUUCAGCAGAGGUGGAAAGAAUAUCUACUAGCACCAGAAGCCAAUGUCCAUAUCCAGCUGGUAAUCAAGGCACCAUUGUAAAAAAUGCAAGAGCAGAAGAGAGAAAAGAAAUUAUGAGUCAGAUUAGAAACCAAAGUCCAUGUCCAGAAGAACUACAGAGUGAACAACCAAUAGAAGGAAGAAGAACAUCUUUAUCAAGCAUAAGAUGUGUUCCAUGUCCAGUGAUCACAAGCUGUGCUGGCACAAUGAGGAAUGAUAAUCAACUGACCAAGGGAGCAGAGGAAGGUAGCCAAAUAUAUUCAACAUAUGACCCAUCUUUGGAUUGCUGUUCAGCUUAUGAAUUCAACUGUCUAGAAGGAAGUAUACCUGAUGCACAUGAAGAUUCUGAAUGUAGAACUGGGACAGUAGGACUUGGUGAACAAAUGUUUGUGGAAGAAUGUCAAUUCCAUUAUCCAGCUUCUAGAGAGCCAUCAGAAGACUGCGAAUAUAGUAGCAACAAUGCUCCAUGCCUAGAUGAAGUUCAACAAACAUCAAAUUUUCAGUGCAAAAGUGGAGAAAUUAUUCUAUGUAAUGACACGUUUGAUAACACAACCUCAUCUCAGAGUUCUUACCAAGACUAUCUGUCUCCUUUGCCAACUGAUAUUUCAACACCAAGAUCCGAAUCAUCUUCACAAAUGUCUUCAAGUUCAGAAAUAGCUGAUGAUUUUGGAAACAAGUCUGAAUACUCUCUAAAUAGCUCAAUACCAAGCGAAGCAUUUCUGAACUUAAUGCAGAGUUAUUUUGGAAAUGGAGAUGAUGUUAAGUCUGUGAAGAUUUCAAUCCUUCUGGACAAUUCCCAGAGUGAUGACUUAAGUAAUAGCACUAAUGUAAAAGAAACUACCAACAGAAUUUCUUACCAAAUGAAUUCUCCAUUAUCUUCUGAAGGACAUUCCGAAAAGGGACUACAAAAUAAUUGUUAUUUUUUGGAUGGUAAAGACACCUUAGCGGAUGUGGAAUCAUCCAUGGCUUCAGUUGCAAGAAGCCAUACUAGCCUUGAACCAGAGUUUAAUUCAUUAACUCCCACAAUGGUGAUUGAUUCAAUUGACUGCUACUGUGCAAAGGACAAGGAACCAUGUAGCAAAACAACUACAGUUAGAUAUAUGUUUACCGAUAGUGAAACUGAAGCUUAAAAUACAGUUAUAGCUAAAAUAUACCAAAUCAUUGAACUGGAACCAGUUUAAUUUUAUGGCUUAAAUAGAAAUGAUAAACAGAAUAAAACUGAUUUAUUCUACUGACAGCCAACGGAUAACUAAAAAUCACUCAGUUUGACUUCUGUGUUAUUCAGCCCACAGCUUGAAUGCUUCUCUCGGUAUUUGAUAACAAUACCCAGAACUCUAUUGCCCGGAGCUCUGUUUUUGCUUUGCACAUCACCUUCUAAUUUAAAGGAAUAUUUUUCUCCACUUUGCUGUUAACUACAUGCAAGAUAAGAAGGCAAGCCAAGUUCCAAAUCUGCCUUCCUUGAUCCAUCUUACUUCAGUUCUUCAGGAUCCUGAGAAACUUGCCUGCAUUCACUUUGAUAAUGAUGGGAGGAACCCAAAAUUAAUGGAUGCAUGCAAAUACUUAUUUCCCCUUAUUUGUAUUUCUUAGCUGUUGAAGACCUUGAUCUUUGCAUUACUUCAGUAAAUAUUCAGUUCUGAUUUUUUGAUAAUUCAGAUUUUAGCAAACUCUAAUGAUCAGACAGGACUGGUUGUAAUGAUUCAACUAAUGACAAUAAAAAAGUCAUGAUUGUUUACUGCCCAUUUUUAAUUAUACUACUACAUAUUAAAUUGAAAUGUGAAUUUCAUUUUUGGAAAAUAAUGACAAAUAUAAUGGAUAAUUGUAUAUGAACGUGCAUUUGAUGAAUACCCUACUUUUGUUGCCAUUAUUUCUUCUCUCUUUUCAUUACUGGAUCAUCUUUAUCCAAUAUUCUUCUGUGUUUGAGACUCUCAAUGUAUUGCAGCAUUAUAGUUCACGGAGAAACAGUAACAGGCAGACUGAUGCUGUAUCAUCCUGUAAAAUCAAAUUGAUUAGCAUAGAUUGUCUGAUUUUCAUAGAAUAGACAAGUAAAAUAUUGGGUGAGCUAUUUUAUUCCAGUUUUCUUUCUCUUUAAAUCAUGUUUUAAUUUGAAGAGAAGGAAAUCUGAAACAAAAGUCAGAAACUGGGAAAACACAAUGGAUUCUCCCAUUUGUAAUUCCCAGUGAGGAUUCACCCACUGUUGAUGGUUUCAUGGCUUUUGUAUUCUAUACCUAUCCAUUGGAAAAAAAACAGUAAAGAUCACUGGCUGACAAGUUAAAUUCAUAGGCUGAGAGACCAGACAUGGGCUACAUUCAUAUGCCUGUUUUCCAAUUGGGUAGCAGCACCCAUGGGAUUACUAUUGCUAUAGUUGUUCGGAAUUUUGUUUUAAAUCCUCAGAAUAAUUAUUUUCCUUCUGCCUUUCUUCAGUAACUUCCUUAAAAAAAUGUGCUUAGUAUCUCCUCCUUCCCUACCACAGCAGAAUAAUGUCCCUGGUCAAUCAUUAAAAUGUCAUAGGAGUCCUAAGAGGGCUAUAUGGGAAUUAGAACAUAUUUACAAAGGUUCUGUAACAAAUGUUAGCUCAGCUAAUUUUGAAAGUUACAAUAGGGUUAAAUACUGCUAAUAAGUACUAAAACUAUCUAAGGCAGCAAAAGACUUCAGACAAAGACCAGCUGUCCAUAGGUUCUAACAUGGAAGAACUGGCUCUUUAAGAUUUUUCAAAAAGAAACACUAGUUCAGUAUAGAAUGUAGGAGCCCCUCUGACGUGUGUAUAUAUAAAAUACAUGUCUGGAGAUUGUAGAGUAUAUUGGUGCUGUCCUACAAAGAUAGGAGUUGUCACAGAAGGCAAAGGAGAAAUUUUCAUGACUCAAGAUUUCAAAGUGAAUUUACUCAUAUUUUGCCUGUUUCUAGUAUCGGAACUGAACAAUGAAGACUGACAAUGUCCUUUCUUAACUUGCUGCAACAUCCAAAACAUGGAGCAUGCAGCCAAUCUUUCAUUUAAUUACAAAAUACACGAUUGCUCAGUUGCACAGAUAUGUGAAGAACUGAUGAGGUUGUUCCUUGAAACGAUACCAUUUUGUAUCAAAUAGCCAAAGGGAAUUAGUGAUGGAAGGGACAUUUGUUGAUUUUAUUUUAAGAUCCCUUACUUACAACAGUAUAGAAAAGGACACAGCAGCUUUACUAAAUGUGCCACUCUGCCACCUGUCACAGCUGGAAAUGUCAGCUGUAUUUUUAUGGGCUCCAGCUGUCUUGCAAGUCACGAGAGACAUUAUAGUUACAGAAAUUAAAGUGAAUUCUUCCCUAUUCUCUGGAAAUUGUACAAUAUUCAAGAACAAUCUCUCCCUUACUUGUACUAAGACUGAUAUUCCAUAAUUCUCACUUUUUCGAAAACUGGACUCUUUAAUCUGGAACAGCACUGCCUCGCUUAUGCUGUCAAUCUUUCUGUUCACUGUUGUUCUGGGCUCAUUUGCUGCAAAACUUGAUAAUUCUGCCCCCAAAGUGACCCUCCCUCUGUGCUCAUGCCUGCUUCAGUCAGUUGCUGUGGUAGAUACAGACCUGGUGAAGACAGGAAAACAGCUGACAGUAACACUGAUGAAGCUAAUUCCACGAGGAAAGUGCUUGCUUGAUCACCAGGACCAGCCAUUACCAGCAUAGCACUCCCUUGGUUAUGAAGGGCAGAAGGAUCUGCUUAAAACCACACAGCGGCAGUACCCUUGGUUAAAAUAUUUGCUUAUAAUAAGGGCAGUUUGAGAAGAAAAAAAUCUGAAAAUAUCAAAAAUGAAAUUUGACCUAUUUUGAUUGCUACCAACUUCAACCUUACACUACCUUGUCUAUCUUUUGAAGACUAUAUUGGGUUUUCAGUGCUGAUUCUUCAAAUGUGGUUGAAGUUCAGUCUCAUUCCUUGUACACCAGCUAUGCUUUUGAAAGGAGGAAAUAUAAAGGAUAAUGUGAAAGCAAGACAAGUGACAUGUAGAUUUCUUCCAACAUAAGUACAGAAUAAGCCACAAUGGAAAGAUAUAGCACUACACUGUCCCUUUAAAUGGAGCGGUUCUUGAUACAUGACUCUCUGGGGUUAUUUAAUUACCUUCAUUAUUUUGAAUAACUACGUUACUCAAAUGUUAACAAGGGUGGUGAAUGUUCUACUGACAAUCUCAAAUAAAGAUGUUCUACUGAAAUUCUCAAAAGAAGAAUUAUGAAUGAAUAACUAUAAAAAUGAUGUAACUCUUGAUUUUUCAUAUAUCAUGGAAAUAAAAUGCACAGAUUACC